CUUUUUGAAUUUUCUCUUCAAGUCAGAGGUUGCUAGAAAUUUUCUGUAAGGAAUUUUUACAAUUGGGUUUUAUUGUUUAAAAUUGAGAAAAACUAUUAAUUAUCUAUGAAUAAAAAGAUCUAGAUUGUUUUCAUUAACCGCUGACUUAAAGAUGACUUGUGGAACAACGACUGUUAGCAAUAUAAAAGAAUUUGAUACAUGUUCUGCAAAUUGCAAUCAAAAGGGAUCUUUAAAGAAAGAUGUACUGAAAACUGAUCCGACAAGAUCGAUUUUUCAGUAUCGCUAUUUAGUGACUCUUUUGGAAUUUUUUGCUUUCUUCGAAAUAAAUGCUUAUAGGUUGACUACAAGCAUCAGCGUCGUGGCGAUGAUAAACAAUACUGCAACCAGUUCGCACGCAGUAUUUAAUAAUACCACUGAUUCCUGCCCUUUAAAUUCUGCUGAAGAAACUGAAUAUUCAGUCUCCAAGACAGGUGGGGAUUUUGAUUGGAACCCUGCGAUGCAAGGAUAUAUUUUGGGAUCCAGCUUCCUCGGAUUUGUUAUAUCACAAACACCUGGUGGAAUGUUAUCUGAAAGAUUUGGCGCGAAAACUAUCAUCCUGUGCGGACUGUUCCUUUCAACGUUGGGUCAUUUGCUGUCCCCUCUAGCAGCUUAUGCCAGUAGUUACUGGAUGAUAGCGGCGCAGUUUCUAAGGGGGUUUGGCCAAGGCUUGAUUCCUGCCGCCCAUUGCGUUUUGGCUGCCAAUUGGUUUCCGAGAUCGGAGAGAGGUCUGCUCAAUUCUCUGGUCAUGGCUGGGUACUCGAGUGGAGCCUUAAUAAGUGGUUUCUCAUCAGGGCCUAUGUGCUCUUCAACAUUUCUAGGAGGAUGGCCAUCCGUCUAUUAUGUCUAUGGAGCUCUAGGAUUAGUAUUAUGUCUUUGUUUUCAUGUUUUUAUAUUUGAAUCGCCCACGGGCCAUCCAAGAAUCAGCGAUGCAGAAUUAUCUCUUAUUUUGAAUGACCAAGAAUCACAACUAACACUGAAGAGACCACCCACACCAUGGAAAAGUAUCCUCACCUCCGGCCCAGUUUACGCAGUGACGUACGCAAUAUUUGGCACCUACUGGAUGGUGUCUCACUUCCUCUCAGUUCAGCCAAUUUUUCUGGGAACCAUUUUACACUUCUCAAUUCAAGAAAAUGGAUUUUUCACUUCCGUUCCGUUUGCGUUUCAAAUUUUUCUCACCUUCACAGCGAGUUGGGUAUCGAAAUGGUUGAACACGCACGGCUACGUGGGCGUGGAUAAAGUGCGAAAAGGGAGCAAUUUAUUAUUUAGCUUGGGAUACUCGCUAUGCCUCUUGGGAGUCUACUUCUCAGGUUGUGAAAGACUGCCGAGCACCGGCUUCGGAAUCGCUGCCAUGUGCUUUAUUGGCCUCUCCUUCACAGGUUGCAUGAUUGCUCCGGUCGAUAUGUCUCCCACUUUUGCAGGAAGCGUGAUGGGACUGUCGUCUACCAUUGGCAGCUUGGCAGCCUUUAUAUUUCCCGUUUUAGUUGGUAUCAUGACAGACGGACAACAAACUUUGGAGCAAUGGAACAAAAUUUUCUUCAUGUGUAUCGGAAUUGUCUUAAGCUCAGGUAUAUUUUUUUGUAUUUUUGGCUCGGCCGAAGUUCAGCCUUGGAAUUAUACUUCAAGUGAAGAUGAAAAUAAAGCUUAUUCAGUUGAAAAUGAAAGAAAAGAAUUUGAAGAGAUGGGUCAUCCUGUUGAUUCUACCAUUCAUCUUUAAGAAAGGAAUAAUAAUUUUUAUUUAUUUUUUGUAAAUUUUAGUAAUAAUGAUUGUGUUAAGUUAUGCAUAUCUGAAUAUAAAGAAAAUGAAAUAUUUCAUUGAAUAAAUGAAAUUCAUACAUAGUAUUUGAAAAAGGUGAGUAGUUAAAGGCCAUUCUGAAGAAUUGAAUGAAGCAAUAAAGAUGAAUGCUAUUCAUGUGAAAAAUAUGUUCGGAUGCAACCGAUUUAAUAUAAAAACAAAAAUCAGGGUGCUUUACUUGAAAAAAUAUGAACAUCCAAAGGCCUUAAGAAAGUUUCAGUGUAACAAUAAAAAUCAGUGUCUGGAGUACUUGAGAAUUGUGAACAGUUGAAGACCCUUAGGAAGAAUAAUAAAAAUCAGUGUGCUUUAUUUGAAAAAUAAAAAUGAUUAAACGCCUAUUAGAAGAUUUCAGUGUAACAAUAAAAGUCAGUGUGUGCUUUACAAAAAAAAAGUGAACAGUAAAAGAUUUUUAGAAAGAUUUCAAUAUAACAAUAAGAAUCAAUGCACUUUACUUCAAAAAAUGUGAAUACUUAAAAGUUUUUAAGAAGAUUUCAUUGUAACAGUAAGAUUUAGUGCGUUUUUCAAGGGCAGCAAGAGCAAUAUUUUUCACUUGUUUCUCUUGGAAAUUAAAGUAAACUAUGACCUGUUUUGUGAUUCGUAGAAUCAUGAAGAAAGUCGGGUAUGCAUUUUGGAUUAAUGCCAACCAAUUGAUUUCAAAUUUAAUAUAGAAAUGCGAUGCCAAGGUCCAAAAUAAAUAUCAUUUGUCAAGUCUUUUUCAAUUAUAGCUUCCACAUAUACACAGAUAGAUAGAUAGACAUUUACCCUGCAAGAGUAUCUAAUAUAACAUCUGAUGCUGAUAAACAAUUCUAGUCAUUAAAUCAUAUGCCAAAAUUUUAGUAAUCUAACUUGCUGCGUUUUUGAGUUACCGUGUCAACAUCCAUGCUGAUUCAAAGGUUUCUGAUGCUUCAUGCUGAUUCAUGCAUGUUCCAGUUGUAAAAUAGUGGUUAAUCAUCUAUUGAGCUUGUUAGAGUUUUGACUUAUCAUGCUCAGAUAAGUUGAUAAUUCCAAAAAUGAAUUUUGUUGAUAUAAAGGUUUGAAACAAGAAGAUUCCUCAAAAGUUUAAGGUCGAAUUGUUUUGAUGAAUAUGAUAUUUUAUAUAAUUCAUACAAUAUAAAACUUUAAAAAAAGUUGACGAACACUACGAAUGAAAGAAGAAAAUAAUAAUAAUUAUGUGUGAACAUCUGUCUGAAACAGUAUGUACAACAAACAAUGGUAUAUUUUGUCUCAGAAGAUUUGCAAGCAAUUGUGUAUAUAUUUACCCAUGAUUAUGAUACUAAUAAAAUCA